AUGGGCGGUACCACCCAGCAGCAGCUCCACCUCCUCCGCAUACUCCUCUCCUGCCGGAAAAUCACAGCCCAGGUGACGAAACCCAUAACAGAAUCCAUCAUAGCCAUAGCUUCCACCACCGAGCCAGAGUUCUUACCUCAAUUAAAGGCCAAGCAAAAUCGUUUCCCGAGAUCCCACAAUUUCAUGGACGCCAAAAUCGCGACCAGAAUCGGCGAGAAACUCGGACUCCGGCUUAAAGAAAUCGGGGUUUUGAACGUCGAGAUUGAUUUCAACGAGGAGCUUCUUAGACCCGUUCAUCAACAAAAAUUGGUACGACCCAUAUUUCAGAAUGUUAAACGAGCUGGGAUUAAUAUUUCCGGUGCUGAGAAGUUGCCGUUCGGAGGAUGA